AUGGAGUCAUACGCUAUCUUAGGGCAGUAUUGUCGCGUGGGCUACGAUAGAAUUUUUUCCGUUCUACUUUUCGUAAGUGGUGCUUUAUCUUUUCUUGCAUGCUCCCUAAGUGACCCGGGCAAAAUAUCCCAUACGUCGCUGGAUAAACACCUCAAAUUUUACCCCUACGACGAAGUCAUUUUUCACCAAAACAACAAAUGCAGCACUUGUCAGAUGUUGAAACCUGCGCGAAGUAAACACUGUAAAUAUUGCUUGUCAUGUAUAUCUCGCUACGACCACCACUGCUUUCUGUUAAACAAUUGUAUCGGCGGAUAUAACAGCAUUUAUUACCUUAUUUUCAUUUGCACAAAUGCUACAAUUGCCUUUCAUUCCUUCUACAUAACUUUUCGCUGCCUAUAUAACAUCAUCAAAUAUGAAAACCUUCUCGAAGCCACGUUUAUACACAAGGGGAGCAACCAGGAGAUGCCGAAUUCCUGCGUAACGAUCGUUCGGUACCUGUUUUCCAAAUGCACCCCCACCUUCUCCGUGUUUGUGGUAUCCCUGCUUAGCGCCUCCCUUUUAGCGCUCCUUUUUUCGCAUGAAAUUUAUUUAAACUUCUGCGUGAACAUCACCAACAAUGAGAAGAAAAAGUACGUCAGUUUGAAGGGCGAUACUCCUGUGAAUAGGCAGUUUUACAAUAAAGGGUUCAUAAAAAACGUGCAGGACGUGUUGUUUUACAAAAAAAACGUGGAGGAGUUUUUUAAAAAAAAUUCAUAA